AUGGAGCCUGUUCUUAUCGUUGGCGCCGGUAUUGUCGGCCUGACACUCGGCCAGGCAUUGAAGCAAAAGAACAUACCCUUCGAAAUUUAUGAACGUGAUGCCACCCCUGAAGCUCGUGGCCAAGGCUGGGCCAUAACUCUGCAUUGGGCCCUUGAAUACAUGUUUCAAAUGUUACCCGAAGCCACAUUGUCACGCAUCCAAGCUGUUCAAGUUGACCCCGAAGUAGCGCGACACGACAACGGGAACUUCCUCUUUAUAAAUCUUGAGACAGGGGAGCCAAAGUUCAAAAUCCCACCAAAUCGUCGGUGGCGCGUAAAUCGCGAGAAGAUGCGCCGGGCAUUGCUUCAUGGGAUAGAGGGACAUGUGCAUUGGGGAUGUCGCGUGGUAGGGCUCGAUUUACCCGAACACAAGGAUCGAGCUCAGCUUUCAUUCGAAGACGGAAGUGUUGUCGUCGGAAAGCUGGUGAUUGGAAUCGAGGGCAGCCGUUCCUUGGUUCGACAGGUUCUUCGACCUGACGCCUUCAAUAAUGUGCCUCUGGGGAUCAACUUCACGGGAGUGGCGGUGGACCUAACCCCGGAGCAGAUAAAACCCCUAAGGGAUAUGGAUCCAUUGCUAUUUCAAGGUUGCGACCCACGCACGGGAGCUUUCUUUUGGUUCUCCAUGCUUGAAACACCACAAGUGAACGGCACAGCAAGCACAAACACUGAACGAUAUCGAGCCCAGAUCUGUAUGUCCUGGCCUGAGAAGGGAAAUGAUGACAAGGUAGCGCCAACCGACCAGGACCGCUUGACAAAUAUGAAGCAACGAGCCCGUGGAUUCGCACCGUUUCUGCAAGAGGCAGUGAACCGUAUUCCCGAGGGAACCGCAGUAACAGAGAUCAAGCUCGCUGAUUGGGAGUGCCUCGACUGGAACAAUCAUGGCGGUCGGGUGACGUUAGCGGGUGACGCUGCCCACGCUAUGACUAUGUAUCGUGGCGAAGCAGCCAAUCACGGCAUCUUGGACGCCUUCCGUUUGAUGGAAGCCAUUGAACGAAUUUAUUAUCAUUCAGUCUCCGCCUGUGUCGCCAUUGAAGAAUACGAACAAGAGAUGAGACAGCGAACCAGGCGGGCAGUUCAGCUAAGCCGACAGGCGUGUCGAGACGCCCAUGAUUGGAAAAGGCUAGACGAGUCCUCGGCCAUAUUAACCAAGAGGGCCAUAGUCGCGGCAUGA